AGACUUGGAGCUGUGACGACAGAGUCGCUCAGAGCAUGCAGCACAAGUUCGUCGCCAUAGCUAUAGUAACGGUCUUCCAGAUAUCUGAUGCGCAAUGCAGUAGAUUACCUUCUAUUUACAUUCUCUAAUUAUUGUGUAAUUCUCCAAUAGCGAUUAUCAGCGUGGAAUCGCAUCAAUCCUCUCGCUGGUACAAUCCAAAAACGCCAAGACAUCACGGCCCUCGCCGCACCCGCCGACCUCAUCGCAAGCGCACCUCUCCAAACCAACAACCUCACUCAUCGCGCCCCUCUCCACACCGCGCAAACUCCACAAUCAUGCAGCCUACACUCCGCCGGAUGGCCGGCCACAACCACGGCAUGAUCCACGCGGAUCCCGCCAUCAUCAAAUGGGCCACCAUGACCACGAACCGCCACAAGUACUUCCGCUGGACACGACGAACAGCCUGGAUCACAUUCGCAUAUGUUGCAUUGGUACCUGGUCUGCUGGGCGCCGCGGGAUACUGGGCUGAGGGAAGGUGGGAUAUGCGUGGUAAGCGAAGGGGAGAUACUAUCUCUGAGUUUUAAGUGGAGGAGACAUCUGGAGGAAAAGAAGAGAUAUGAAGGAGGUGGGAAGGGAUCAAAUCGCAUUGCUGUUGGAGCGGUGCGGUGUGUACAUUGAAUGCGAAAGAAGUACUAUCGGAAACUAUCCAAGGGAUUUAUACGGGUUUAUCUUGUCUUUGUGUUCAAGUUUUGUGUUUGUACUAACCAGCUCCUGCAUAGGGUGUGUUUGGCAAAACAAGAGUUGUGGCGGUAAUACGGUAUUGCUAGACGUCUACGAGCGAUACAUGAAUGAUCCAGUGCUGAAACACUAAUAGUGGCAGUCAGGCCUAUUGUUCGGCAGUCUCUCAUGUUCCUACUGGCGACACAUGAUGCAAAGACCACCAGUGUCUUCAAAAGCCAUAGGACUAGUCAGCUAUCUUGCCGUCACUACCUUCGCCGGAAACUCCUUCGCUGUCAAGUUAAUUUCAAGGAAC